AUGCAGCGGUGCUGUUCAGCUGCUUCCCUCCUCCCCCUUCCAUUUUGCCGUUGGGCAGCAACCCCCUCUCCACUGAAGAAGAAAGGAGAUGAGAGUGAAGGGGAGAAACUCUCAACAAACCUCCCAGUCCCCCCGUCACUUCGACAAAAGCGAUACGCUUCAACCCAUCAGCGCGACGUGAACACGGAGGAGUUGGAUCACCUGGUGACCGGCGAGCGAGAGACGCCUCUCGUUAUUGAUUUCUGCGCUGACUGGUGCGGGUCGUGCGACAUCCUCUCCGAGCAACUUGAAGAGUUAGCGGAGGAGUACGACGGGCGCGUGCGGUUCGUGCAGGUGAACACCGAUCAGGAAUACGACCUUGCAGAUCAGCUGGAGAUCCGCGGGCUUCCAACCAUGGUGUUCAUGGGUAAGGACAAGGCCAAACGAGCCACCCGCAUUGAGGGCAUGCUUUCAGUGGACACCAUCAGGCAACUCAUUGAUGACGUUGCUGAUCUCCAUACCUAA